AUGCCUAACGACGACUCAUUCAGCAAGCCCUCUACACCGACGGAGGUCCCGCACGCUCCGGGGGCCCCGCCGCAGGGCAAAGCCGGCGGCUACAGCAAAGCGGCCGGGGCGAUGGCGGGAGCGGCCGGAGGCUCCGGCGCGGGGGGCAGCGGAGGCGCCUCGGGCUCCGGGCCGUCGGGCCUGGGUUCUGGAAACAAGAAGUCCCCGAGGCUGCCCAAGUGCGCUCGCUGCAGGAACCACGGCUAUGCGUCGCCGCUCAAGGGCCACAAGCGCUUCUGUAUGUGGCGGGACUGCCAGUGCAAGAAGUGCAGCUUGAUUGCGGAGCGACAGCGCGUGAUGGCCGCGCAGGUGGCCCUGAGAAGACAGCAGGCCCAGGAAGAAGAACUGGGCAUCAGCCACCCCAUCCCGCUGCCCAGUGCAGCUGAGCUGCUUGUUAAGAGAGAGAAUAAUGCCAGCAACCCAUGCCUGAUGGCUGAGACCAGCAGCUCUGCCCAGCCUCCGCCAGCCACUACUCCCACCUCUGCUGCCUCAGAGGGACGCAUGGUCAUCCAGGAUAUUCCUGCUGUCACCAGCAGAGGGCAUGCGGAGAACGCACCGGACCUGGUGUCAGACCCCGCCUACUACAGCAGCUUUUACCAGCCUUCUCUGUUUCCUUACUACAACAAUCUGUACAACUACCCGCAGUACUCCAUGGCCCUGUCUGCCGAGUCCUCCUCUGGGGAGGUGGGAAAUCCCCUUGGGGGAUCUCCUGUGAAGAACAGCUUGCGGAGUCUGCCAGCACCUUACGUGCCCACGCAGACUGGAAACCAGUGGCAGAUGAAGAGCGCGGAGAGCCGCCACCCAGUGAGCUCCCAGUACAGGAUGCACUCAUACUAUGGGCCUCCCUCCUACCUGGGCCAGAGCGUGUCCCAGAUCUUCGCCUUUGAGGACGGCCCCUCCUACUCAGAAGCCAAAGCAAGUGUGUUCUCGCCGCCCAGCAGUCAAGAUUCUGGCUUGGUUUCCCUCUCCAGCAGCUCUCCAAUGAGCAACGAGAGCACGAAGGGAGUUCUGGAUUGCGAGUCUGGACCUUCUGAGCCUAGCAGCUACCCAGUCAACCAGGUCCUGGAGGACGACGAUGACGAGUGA